AUGAUAGAUGAAACAACAGUACCUUUAGAAUCUUCGACCCAAGCUAUUACAACAAAUACACCGUCUACUGAUCAACCAACAACACUGAUAACAACAGAUAGUACAGAAUCCUCAGUGCCUUCACAUUUUUCAACCCAAGCUGUUACAACAAAUACACCGUCUACUGAGGGUCUAACAACACUGAUUACAACAUACAAUACAGAAUCUUCAACCCAAGCUGUUGCAACAAAUACACCGUCUACUGAUCAACCAACAACACUGAUAACAACAGAUAGUACAGGAUCCUCAAUGUCUUCACAUUUUUCAACCCAAGCUGUUACAACAAAUACACCGUCUACUGAUCAACCAACAACACUGAUAACAACAGAUAAUACAGAAUCCUCAGUGCCUUCAGAAUCUUCAACCCAAGCUGUUACAACAAAUACACCGUCUACUGAUCAACCAACAACACUGAUAACAACAAAUAAUACAGAAUCCUCAGUGCCUUCACAAUCUUCAACCCAAGCUGUUACAACAAAUACACCGUCUACUGAGGGUAUAAUAACACUUAUAACAACAGAUACUAUAGAAUCCACAGUGCCUUCACAAUCUUCAACCCAAGCUGUUACAACAAAUACACCGUCUACUGAUCAACCAACAACACUGAUAACAACAGAUAGUACAGGAUCCUCAAUGUCUUCACAUUUCUCAACCCAAACUGUUACAACAAAUGCACCGUCUACUGAUCAACCAACAACACUGAUAACAACACAUAAUACGGAAUCCACAGUGCCUUCACAAUCUUCAACCCAAGCUGUUACAACAAAUACACCGUCUACUGAUCAACCAACAACACUGAUUACAACAUAUAAUACAGAAUCCUCAGUGCCUUCACAACAUUCAACUCAGGCAGUAACGACAACUAACUUGUUUACUGAUGAACUGACAACACAGAUUGUAACACACUACACAGAAUCCACGACAUCCUUACAACUAUCUACCCGAUCUAAAGCAACAUUAACACAACCUAAUAAUAACACAAUGACAAGUACAUCAACGAAAGAAACAUCGUCAACAUUGAUGGCAAUUUUGACUGGUGACGUCAGCGUGGACUCGAAAACUACAUUAUUGCCUUCCACUACUUCAACAUCAACAUCUGAAAACCUGUCAACACAAUUCAAAGAAAUAAUCAAGGAUUCGAAUGGGAUAAGAGUUCAGAAGGACAUUAUAGCAACUCUUCAGUUUACAGUCCUUCUGUCUUUCAGUCCUACUGUAGUAGAGGAUCUCUUAUAUCAUCUCUCGGGACAUACCGACAGGAUAACGGUUACACCUUUUACUCCUACAAAAACUCCACUUAUUGAUUUGUAA